AUGUCAUUGCUUCAUGAAAAACAUGAAAAGUUUUUCAACAGGUGUCUAAUUGCAUUACCUGCCCAAGCUGCUCUGGAAGAUUCUAAUAAACUAGCUAUAAUAUAUUUUUCUCUUCAUGGGCUACAGCUACUUAACAAGUUCAAUUUCACACAGCAAGAACUUAAGUACCAUGAAAAGUUUAUAUGGGACAGUUUCUUUAUUGAAAGAAACGAAUAUGUGACAUUUAGAUCAACUAUGUAUUUUCAAGAAUCUGGUGAAUUGUUUGAUUCUGGUGAUUUAUCAGCUUGUUUAUUUGCAUUAUAUUCAUUAAUGAUACUAAAGUCGGAUUUUAAACGACUCAAUUGGCAGAAAUUGUUUAAUUUCUUGGUUAAAUGUCAAAUUAAACAAGGUCUGAAUAAAGGGGGGUUUCUACAGACUUCUAAUGAAACGGAUCUUGAAUCUGAUUUUGCUCAAGCGGAUAUAAGGCAAUGUUAUAUGGCAUUGGUAAUACGGCAGCUUUUGUUAGAUAAAACAGAAUUAAAACUGGAUAUAGAUAAGAACCUGCUAACAGAUUUUAUAUUAAAACGGUUGAACCACAAUGGUGGGUUCGGUUCUCAAGUUUUCGAUGAGCCUCAUUUAGGGUAUACCUUUUGUGCAAUUGCAUCUUUGAAAUUGCUUGGAUUUCCAGUAGACAACCUUGAACAAACAAAAAAUUGGUUGGUUCAUAGGCAAGUAUCGUACCCGGAAGUUUUGUACCCGGUAAUGAAAGAUUAUGCGUUUCAUAGGAAUAUAGAUACGGGCGGCUUUAAUGGAAGGGAAAACAAAUUGAGCGAUACUUGCUAUUCUUGGUGGUGUAGUGGGAGCCUUUAUUUAUUGAAUCAAGAUAAUUUAAAGCUAAUAAACGUGGAGUUGGCAGAAGAGUUUUUAUUAGAGAAAACCCAAAAUACAAUUAUGGGCGGAUUUUCAAGCGUUCCUGAUGGUACUCCUGAUCCAAUGCACACUUAUUUGGCAUUGGCGAGUUUGUCGUUAUGGAAUUGCGAAAAGUACAAAUUGGAUGAAAUAGAUGCGUUGUUUACAAUAAGUAAACGUUUACGACACUAUCGAGCAGAGCGAGAUAGUGUCGUAAUAAGCUACUGA